AUGGGCAUUGAAACCGACGAAUUAAUAUCAUUUGAUUCACCAACUGAACAAACUGAAGUGGUUGUCAAUAAGACCAACAAAGAAAUCCCUUUGCCUUCAUUAUCAGAAGACGGUCUAUACACUCAUUCAUAUACAUAUAUUUCAGCGAAAGCGAUUAAUCUAACAAAGGAGGGCCAAGAGAAUCAGCCUUGUAUCCUCGGUGUCGAUGAAGCAGGAAGAGGGCCUGUGCUUGGUCCCAUGGUGUAUGGUAUAUGUUAUUGUCCCUUAUCUGAGAAAAAUAAAAUUGAGAAAUUAGGCUUUGCAGAUUCUAAAACACUAAGUGAAAAGUCUCGUGAAUCAUUUAUCAAGGUUAUAAUGUCGCGACCUGAUAUUUUUGGAUGGGCGGUUCGUGUCUUGACGCCUCAAGACAUAUCCUCAGAUAUGUUAAAAAAAAACAAACACAAUUUGAAUGCGCAAUCGCACGAUGCCACCAUCAGUUUAAUACGUGAUAUUUUAGCGCAAGGAAUAAAUCUGACUGAGGUAUACAUUGACACGGUUGGUCCUUCAGACACCUAUCAAGCAAAGCUUCAACGUUUGUUUCAAGGGAUCGAAUUCACAGUGGCCAGUAAAGCUGAUAGAACUUUUCCGAUCGUUAGUGCCGCCAGCAUUUGUGCAAAGGUCACUCGGGAUCAUGUAAUAAAGAAAUUGGAAUUUGAAGAAAUUAGACUGAGAGAUGAAAUUUCUCGUGACUUUGGAUGCGGAUAUCCUUCAGACCCAAAUACGAUGCAGUGGUUACGCUCAAAUUUAGAUCCCGUGUUUGGGUUUCCGCGAAUAGUACGAUUUAGUUGGACGCCUUGUGACCUUCUACUAAAGAAAAAAGCGGUAAAGGUGAGAUGGCCUGACAGCGAAGAUCCUCAAGUUUCCUUAAAAAGAAUGUUCAACCAAGACUCUAGCAAAUGCAAAAAACGCUCUAAUUUAUUCGAGAAUAUAGGAUUGCAGAGGAUUACCAAAGACUAUUCUUCGAGACCUUCUCAUCACGCCAAUAAUACUACCACUAGCAGCUACAGUAACCCUAAUACAAUGUUUAUGCCACGUCAGAAAGCAGCCAUCCACAACUUUUACGAGUUUGGAAUUGCAAACCUACUUCGCGAAACGGAUGUAUCUCUCUUUCUUUCCCCGGGUGUCCAAGGAGAAUCGCUCUCAUUCAUUAACGAGACGAGUAUGAUUUUGAAAAAUGUGAUGAAUACUAAUGCUUCCGGAGGUGCGGCAGCACUAGCAAGCAGUAGUGGUAGCGCAUACGCCGACAAUCAAAUAACUAGAUCUCAUAAAAGAAAAUUUGAGUCGGAUGAGAGUGGGGGAGAGGAUUCGGACAGCAAAAAAGCUAUGCCGAAGCACAAGCGAGCUCCAAGACAGCUUUGGACUGAUGAUGAAGUUGCAAAAUUGAAAGCAGCGCAUGAUAAGCACAAGGGUGAUUGGGAACAGGUCAUUAAGGAAUUUGAACCCGAGAGAACCAGAAUUCAAAUCUUUCAAAAAGCUCGCCAAAUUGGGCUUCGAGCAGUAGAAUCUGGGAGACUGAUUGAUCCUGCAAAGCCAAGUACAAGCGGAGGUUCAGAAAUCAAAGAUGAACACCCAAACGAUGAUGAUGAUUAUGAGCAUCGUGAAACAACUUCCGAGUCAGCUCCAGCGCAAUUACGAGAUACUCAAGAAACAACAAAUUGGCAGGGGGAAGAAAACGAGGAAAACGAAGAAAACAUUAUGGAUAACAUACUAAAUAAUAAUUCACUAUCAAAUAAUGGUCACCAAGAUUACGUGGUGUUCCAGAGGUCAACUGAAGGAUUUCCCAAGGGAACGCUGGACAGAUCGAUUGCUGCAAAAUUGAAGCUAGAACACUUUUACAAAGUUACCCUAGAACAAGCCAUUGAAAGAAACCAACGUCGUCAGGAACUUGAAGCAAAAUUGGAAAACGAUCCUUGUUCAGAUGACCGACGGAACAGACAAUUUCAAUCUUUGGGCAGAAAGGAAUCACAAUUUUUGAGACUCCGAAGAACAAGACUGGGAUUAGAUGAUUUUAAUACAGUUAAAGUUAUUGGGAAAGGUGCUUUCGGUGAGGUUCGAUUAGUGCAAAAGUCCGAUACCGGAAAGAUAUAUGCAAUGAAGACUCUGAGAAAGGCUGACAUGUUCAAAAAGGAUCAGUUAGCACACGUUAAAGCAGAGAGAGAUGUUCUUGCCGAAUCUGAUUCGCCAUGGGUUGUUCAAUUAUUCUAUUCCUUUCAGGAUUCUCAGUAUUUGUAUCUCAUUAUGGAAUUUUUACCGGGUGGCGAUUUAAUGACAAUGUUAAUCAAGUAUGAUACUUUCUCAGAGGAUGUGACCCGAUUCUAUAUUGCCGAAUGUGUGUUAGCAAUUGAGGCUAUUCAUAAAUUAGGUUUUAUUCAUCGAGAUAUAAAACCGGAUAAUAUUCUAAUUGAUCAAAAUGGACACAUUAAAUUAUCCGAUUUUGGUCUAUCAACAGGGUUCCAUAAAACACACGAUUCCGCAUAUUACCAACGUCUAUUGGACGGAUCCCUUAACGGGGCUAGUGGAGGAGGACAUCGUCAAUUACCAAGCGAGCACGAUAUCAAUCUAACUUUAUCAAGUAAAGACAGAAUUGCUACCUGGAGGAAAAAUCGACGGGCCUUGGCUUACUCGACUGUAGGCACUCCAGAUUAUAUUGCUCCCGAGAUUUUUCUACAAAAAGGAUAUAGUCAAGAAUGUGAUUGGUGGUCACUUGGUGCUAUCAUGUUUGAAUGUCUUGUUGGGUAUCCUCCAUUUUGUAGUGAGAACGCGCACGAGACUUACCGAAAAAUUAUUAAUUGGCGGGAUCAAUUGUAUUUCCCGGAUGAUGUUCAUUUAAGCCCAGAAGCCGAAGAUCUAAUUCGACGACUCAUUUGCGCUCCCGAACAACGACUCGGUCGCAGUCACGGCGGCGAGGAAAUCAAGUGUCAUCCAUUUUUCGCAGGAGUCAAUUGGGACACUAUCCGUUCAAUUGCGGCUCCUUUUGUGCCUGUAUUGAAGUCUAUAACUGAUACUAGCUAUUUCCCAACUGAAGAUUUAGAUAAGAUUCCGGAACAGCCUCCAAUAUCUGAUCACUCUCAAUUUAAUCAAAAAGAUCUAGCGUUUGUUGGAUAUACAUUUAAGCGAUUUGACGACUUAACGCGUAAAAAUGCGCUGUAA